AACGAUAUUGCGGAGAGUGCGGAGUCUUGCCAUAAACCUGGAGAACUUCUGCCCGCAACACGAAGCAACCCCCUACCCCAACCUUCACCUAUCCUGCAUGACGCUUUUUUGAUCUUCACCUCUUCACGAUCUAUCUCCUAUUAAUACGUAUCAUGUCCCAAGAAACCAACGUCAUAUACUCUAAGAGGCUACCCAAGGUUCGACAAGCUUGUGAUCCAUGUCACUCGCGCAAAAUCCGCUGCGAUGGGUGCUGGCCGUGCGCAAACUGCCAGGAGACAAUAUUGGAGGACCCCAGCUUUCAAGCCUCGCCCCCAGUAUCGACUGAUAUCAUACAGUGGUGUCUCGAUGCCUUCUUCAGACACAAAUACCCACUUACACCCAUCUUACAUCGACAACAAGUCGAAGAAUGCAUACGCGAUCUCUCAAUCUCACCCGAGAAAUACGGGCUCAUGACAGCUUGCUCAGCCGUCAUAUCCCUGUCGCCCGAGAUCCUACAGCCACCAGACCCGCCAUCAAAUGUGUCGACCGAAGUUCCUGCUCCCUUUCUUCCAACGACCGAGUUUCUCAUCUCAGAAACUCUUCGAACUAGACGUCAAUGCGAUCUCGCCGAGCAUCAGUCCUUACUUCAUGCGCAAACCUCCUUCUUCCUAUUCUCGGCCUUCUUCUGCAUGGACAACGAUAAUGCUGCGUGGUUCUAUCUCCGAGAGUCAAUCACCAUUUUGCAGACGCUACGCCUACAUGAAGAAGCCACGUACAGCGACAUCAACGAUCCGGUCCUGGCGACGUAUGCUCGGCGCAUGUUUUGGGUCCUGUUCAUCACGGAGCGAGCGUAUGCGCUGCAGAGGCACAGGCCGCUGACACUUCAGAGCACGCUGGGUUUACCCAUUAUUGACCCUCUAAGCUCAGAUGCCGCGAUUCUUCCCGGGUUCCUCGAUCUCAUCUCUCUUUUCCGGCACUUUGAUACCGACUUCAUAGCAACUCGGAACUCGUCCACGCCAUCCACGACAUCGUCUUCAGAAGCAACAGAUCCUGAACAUCUCUCGAAACUACAAACUGUCCUGAAGUACGCAAUCCCCAGUGUCUCAAACUACUCCGAGAUGCAGCAAGCCGACCUCUUGAUCUCACGGCAGUGGCUCAAGGUCAUCGUGUGGAAGCUAUGCGUAUCCAAGACGCUCUUAUCUAUCACUGAUAGUGAGGACAGCAUGUCACUGAGCUACCCUACCGCUGUAGCACGCGAUGUGGUACUCAUAUCACGGCUGCUACCAACCAAAGCCUUUGAAGCCAAUGGUGUUGGCAUACUGGAGAAGGUGUUUGAUGUAGGAUGCUCACUAGCAGACCUAAUAUCUCUCGGUCCAGCCACUAAUCAGUGGUCCGCUAUGCAUGUCGGUCCGAUUGAUAUCUUGAUGGAGAUUGUGAGGAUAGUUGGGACAACUCUUGGAGGAAGUUAUAAGCAUUUGAAUAUGUUGUGUAAUAAGGCUAGCUAUUGCCUCCUGAUGAACGUGGACAGAAACAUAGCUCCAGCCGACAGCCUCGAGGAGCAGGGUUAUCAGGAAAUUCUCGACUAG